UUGGAGUAUGUGUUGCACGCGUGUGUGCAUUUUGAGGUUAGAAUUGAUUAUUUGACAAACAUUAGUGCGCUACGUAACUUGGACACGCAUAUUUUCACAGAAUAAAUGCAAAACAAAAUCUGAUUUCAUAAAUACGAAGACAAUUAAUCUAUAUCGUAGCGUUAACGUAUCGAAAAUGUACCAUAAAAUGAACUCUCGUAUUUUAUUGAGGUUAUGUUCCGCUAUCAAUCGCGUUGUUUUUGACAAAACACGUAGAUUUUACUGUAGUAAGAAUAUAUUGAAGCUUCAUGAAAGAGGAAUGUAUGAAGACAUAUUCCCUGCCAAUAGUACGGAUAAAAUAUUAAAUUUAUUAAAUAAGUCGCCGCAGUGCGUCUAUGCUGGCUUUGAUCCAACAGCAGACAGUUUGCACAUCGGCAAUCUACUCAUCCUGAUGAAUCUCUUGCAUUGGCAAAGAGCCGGGCAUCAAGUCAUAGCCCUCGUAGGAGGAGCUACAGGUUUGAUAGGCGAUCCCAGUCACAGGACGACAGAACGGGUCGAGAUGGAAAAGUAUUUGAUCGAGGAGAACCUGAAGUCCAUUACGAAGAAUAUAGAGACUAUAUUUAACAAUCAUCAGAACUAUUUCUGGAAGAACCAGCAGCAUCUGAAACCACUGAUCGUGGUGAACAAUUUGGAUUGGUACGCGAACGUGAACAUUAUCGAGUUCGUUAGAAAUGUUGGGAAGCACUUCAGGAUGGGCACGAUGCUGGGCAGAUCUUCCGUCCAGUCGCGACUGAACUCCGAUACCGGGAUGAGCUUCACCGAGUUCACUUAUCAGGUGUUCCAGGCGUACGACUGGUAUCAGCUGAUGAAGCGGUACAAGUGUCGCUUCCAAAUCGGCGGGAGCGAUCAGAUGGGUAACAUCAUGUCCGGAUACGAGCUGAUCACGAAGACCGGAAGGGAGGAAGUUUAUGGCGUAACGUUGCCGCUCAUCACCGCCGAGGGUGGUAAGAAGUUUGGAAAGUCUCUCUUGAAUGCGGUCUGGUUGUCCGUCACCAAGUCUUCGAGCUUUCAGCUGUACCAAUACUUCAUCAGGAUUAAAGACUCCGACGUCGAGAAGUUUUUAAAAUUGUUCACAUUUUUAUCGUUGAGUAAAAUCACCGAGAUUAUGGAUGCUCAUAUGAAAAGUCCGGAAUAUAGAACAGCGCAGAAAUUGUUGGCGGAGCAAGUUACACUUUUAGUGCACGGAGAGGAAGGAUUGUUGGCUGCGAAGCGCGCGUCUGCAGUCUUGUAUGAUCAGUCGAUCGAAUCUUUCGUCAGGAUGAAUGCGUCGGAAUUGGCAGAUGUCUUUGAACAUGCAACCAUAGUGGAUGUUUUAUCUGAGCCGGGGCUAACUAUAUACGAGUUAGCAAAGAAGGCAAGAUGCUUCAAGACUGAUCAUGACGCGGAACGGAUCAUAACGGCAGGCGGAUUUUAUGUAAAUCAUCAAAGAAUCACUAAUUUAAAUGAAGUGAUAGUUCCUGGCAUCCAUAUACUAAGUAACAAUCUAUCCUUACUUAGAGUUGGCAAGAAAACGUAUCAUAUAGUCCGAUGGCAAUGAUGAUGUUACAAAAGAUGUAUAUGUGUACAAAUUAUAAUAACUAAAACAUUUGAGUAUUAAAAAAAAUAAUUUAAA